AUGGUUUUCGUGCUGGACGCUUCGUCCCUUGACGGUCUGACCGCUGAAAUACUGCAAAAGUUUCGUGUCCUGAAAAUGUUCUGUAUCAGGAAAGGCGUAUCCCAAGCAGUUCUCCUGACUCACGUUGAACUGAUAGACCCGGAUGUUGGCAAGGAUUUGGAAACCGUCUUCAAGAGCGCCCAUGUUGCAGAGAGUGUCAAGAAAGUAUCAGAUCUUAUUGGACUUCCGCGAAACUCCAUCCAUCCCGUGAAGAACUAUAAAUGUGAAGUCGCCUCCGAUGAAAAGAUCAACUGUCUGGCUCUGCUUGCUCUCCAACAAAUUCUUUACGCUGCGGAGGAUGGAGUAGAAAAUUUGCUGAUGAAGAGAGAAUCCACCAGUAACAAACCUGGCAGAGAACUAGUGGAGGUUUGCGGCUCCGGGGAAGACUGGACCGCGGCGAUUUGA